GUGGCAACAUUUAGUUAUGGUUUCUCUCUUUGCAUUUCUACACUUAUUUAGCCGCCAUACCCCUACCUGGUGUUUUUAAAUGCAGAAAGCUAGAGUGAACGAUUUCCUUACUGAAGACCCUCUGAUUUCCCAUGUUUUUCGCAGACCCCAAACGCCUCUGAAGAAGAGAGGGCUUCUCAUUAGUUAGCUGCUAGCGACUGCGGAAAGAUGCAACUGGCUCUAAGUAAAACGUUUGGCCAGAAACCAGUGAAAUUUCAGCUAGAACAGGAUGGAGACUUUUACAUGGUUGGCUCAGAGGUUGGAAACUAUCUGCGCAUGUUCAGAGGCUCUCUGUAUAAAAGAUAUCCAUCGUUAUGGAGGAGGCUGGCCUCGGUGGAGGAGAGGAAGAAAAUCGUAGCAUCAUCACAUGCCACCAGUGUUACUCUGCUGAAGGCGUCAGAAUGUGAAGAGAUCUUUGAGGGGAAUGAUGAGAAAUACAAAGCGGUGUCCAUCAGCACAGAGCCCCCAGCGUACCUCAGGGAGCAGAAAGCUAAGAGGAGCAGUCAGUGGGUCCCCACACUGCCCAACAGCUCUCACCACCUCGAUGCUGUGCCUUGCUCCACCACCAUCAACCGCAACAGAAUGGGCCGGGACAAGAAGAGGACCUUCCCCCUGUGUUUUGAUGACCACGACCCCGCAGUGAUCCAUGAGAACGCAGCUCAGGUGGAGGCGCUGGUUCCCAUUCGUCUGGACAUGGAGAUAGACGGACAGAAACUGCGAGAUGCCUUCACGUGGAACAUGAAUGAGAAACUGAUGACCCCAGAGAUGUUUGCAGAGAUUUUAUGUGAUGACCUGGACCUCAAUCCUCUGGCCUUUGUCCCCGCCAUCGCCUCAGCCAUUCGGCAGCAGAUUGAGUCCUACCCCACUGACAGUAUACUGGAGGAGCAGGCAGACCAGAGAGUCAUCAUCAAGCUGAACAUCCACGUGGGGAACAUUUCUCUGGUGGACCAGUUUGAGUGGGACAUGUCAGAGAGAGAGAACUCGCCGGAGUCGUUUGCACUGAAGCUGUGCUCUGAGCUGGGUCUGGGUGGAGAGUUCGUCACCACCAUCGCCUACAGCAUCCGCGGUCAGCUCAGCUGGCACCAGAGGACCUACGCCUUCAGUGAGAAUCCGCUCCCAACAGUAGAGAUUGCCAUCCGCAACACAGGUGAUGCAGACCAGUGGUGCCCCCUGCUGGAGACCCUCACAGAUGCUGAAAUGGAGAAGAAGAUCCGAGACCAAGACAGGAACACAAGGCGUAUGAGACGACUGGCCAACACGGCUCCUUCCUGGUAGAAAGAAAGAUGAAGCAGCAUCAGAUGACGUGUCCUCUGGAGACUCCUGUUACACACACACACACACACACAGAGGUCAUCCUUAAAGCAUCAGUGGAGCAUCUGGAUGACGUGUGGUCAGUCUCCUUGGGCAUGUGAACACCACACACACACAUCCGGGCAUUCCUCUGCACUCACAGUGUGAUAGUCGUCAUGUUUCACCUCGCCUUCAGCAUAUCAGCCACAGCAGCAGCUCACAGGUAACCCAGCAUCACUGUUAGCCAGUGUUUGACACUGAACAAGGUUUAUCCUCUGUCUGUUACACAAGUUACCGUUACACACUCACCACACCAUGCAACAGUCACACUGCACACUGGCAUUACAGUACAUUACUGAAUUUAAUGUAACUGUAUGAAUACAACAUGGACAGCAUUCAUAUGACGUCACCACGGCAACUCUUCCAGAUGUCAUUUUCAGUUCUUCAGGCCUUUAUCACAUCUGUAACAUCUGUCUGCCAGAGUCAAACCUCCACUUAUCUGUGACUCAGCGGUCUCUUUCAGGCCAUCUUAAGAUGAGAAUGGCCCAACCAAAAACAGAAAAGUCUUUGCUUUGUGUUUUUAGAAUAAUCUGUGUUCAUAUGAUAACACUUUGAGAACAAUCCUCAAGUAUACGGAUCUGCAAAAACAACCGUAGACACACGAACCAUAGAGCACCACGUGCGUGAAUGAAGUGCGGCUGUGACGUCACCAUUCUCACAGGAUCCGCACAUUGCCAGUUUAAACGACAACAGAAGAAAGAUUACACUCUGGAACCCGGUUUUAAAAGUUUGCGUUUUCAGGUCCUCAAAAUCAUUUGAAUGCAUUUUCAAGCAGAAGUAGUUAUAAAUAAAAGGAAGCUUCACAAAUGAGAGGAUUUACUUUUGGAGAAGUCAUCAUAAGCUCUGAGAAGCUGUGAUGGGCCUUUUUUCACUUUUUUUUGAUGUUAUGUUAUCUUCUAACGGGCCAUGCCCUUUGUCUGAGGACGAUAUCCAAGAAACAGUCCAUAAUGCCUCUGUAUAGGGUUUGAACAUUUAUGGUGACUGAUAGUAGGAGGAUCCAAAAGAAGGAGGAAAAAAAGUUCCAGCCCUUGUUGGGAUGUAAUGAAUUAGUAAGCAAACAAAAACUCUGGUAAGGUGCAAUAAUCUGAUUCAGUAACUCCUCCACAUAGGGACUUUAAUGAGCCAUAUGAACGUGUUUAAGCUACUUUGGUAAUCUGAGGCUGAUGCUACUGUUGUUACCUGACUGAGAUAAUUAGUGCAUGUGUGAAAUCAAACCACAACCACCCCUGCUAAUGUUACCGCUGUGAGCUGCUCGGUUUGAUUUUCACAUGUAGACUCUGCGAUCUGAUUUUACUCACGGAUUGUGAUGGGUCACAUUCACCAGUGUUCAUCUGCAUGCUAAGACAUAGCUAGAUCAUGCUGUACCGUGUGCAUGAGGGACUAAGUGUUCCUGUUGUUACUUCUGUUUGCACCGUGCCUCACAUUACAUCAGUGUCAGCAUACUGGAGCCUCUCUUUUACUGGGAGUGAUUUUGGGGUUGUAGAGGGGGAAAAAAAGCUGACCAGAACCAAUGGUGUCUUUUUAAAGCGAUGAUUUCAACCUGAACAUACUCCAGAGAAUGAUGUUAACGUACGUACUGUCGCUUCUUGUUCUCUUCUUUUGUAAAAUUGCUUUACCUUUAUAGUGGACUUGCUUUUUAUAUGAAAAUUAACAAUAAAGUGAACUUGUUGGAAA